AUGGCGCCGGCAGGGAAGAAUGAGGAAGUACUAUCAGGGGAGAUUGAAGUGAUUGACUUUGAAAAUACAAAAGUUGGGCAGCUGACUUUGGAACAAUUCAAAAAGUUCCUAUUUGAAGAGGUGCGAAAGGCAGGUGAAGAAGCGUGCAAAAAUAUCAUUGAGAAAUAUAAUAACAUUGAUUUGGAGAAGGAAAAUGAAGAGAACAUUACACAAUAUCAACAGUAUCUGCAGAGCCCAGAGAGGGACCAGGACUUCAUACAAGAAAAGGAAAUACAAGAGAUAUCUGUAAAAUUUAUAGAGAGAAAAAGGAAUGUCCACAGGCAAAAGUGUGGAUCUAAGAAGUUUAGCAAACAAGCGGUAAGGAUGGGAUUGAAAAAAGGGAAUAUCCGAGAACAACUAUGCGAAGAAAAGAUCAUGCAAGCUAAAAGCAGAGCCAGGCGAAUUGCAAAGAAAACUAACAGACGACCUAGAAAAUUGGUGACAGAACUGACAAAACAGAAAGGACAGAAUAAAAAAAACAAGAACCUAUUUGCAUUGCCAAUGAGUGAAGCAAUCUUAUUACAGAACCAUCCAGAAGAGACUUCAGAAGGUGACGAUGAUGACAUGGCAUGUGGAGAUCUGGGAAAUGGACUUGUUAGAAGACAGAAUUAUAUUUACGAACUAGAAGGUUUAAAUGCACACCCAGUCAGGCCCCGAAAAGGCUCAGCGAGAAAAAGUGUCAGUUUUUUAAUGCUGCCAAACAAAGGGGAAGAACAUGAUGCAGCAGUUUACCGUUGCUCAAGAUGUAAUUGUUUGAAUGACAUAUCAGUCAAAAAGUCUGGAGUGAAUGGAUUUGCAGCCUGCAGCCGACAGAACAGCCUUGAGUCGAAUUCUGAGGCGUCAAAUGAUGAAUUAAGGCAGCAUCUUCAAGAAGCUGUAGAAGAAGUAGAAAUUUUAAGUGUUGAGUUGGAAGCCUCUCAAAGACAACUGGAAGGCAAAGAGCAAGCAUUAAAAAUUCUACAGAGCAUGGCAGUGUUGGAUAAAGCCACUAGUCAUACUAAAGCAAUGUUUAAGAAAACCGAGCAACAAAAGAGAGCUCUAGAAAAGGAAAUCAAUGUUCUGCAGUGGGAAAUCAAAAUUAAUCAGGAGAGAUUUAAAAAUGUAGAGGAGACCUGGGCAGAAAAAUAUGAUAGAAUAUAUUGUGAAAAUGCUGCACUUAAGGAAACACUUAAAUUGAAAAGUGAGGAAGUUAAAACACUGAAAUCUGACAAUGCAUUUUUGGAUCAACAGCGCUUGGAAUUGCUUGCAAUGCUUGAUGUAAAGCAGCAGAAGAUUGUUCAGGAGAACAUGUCUCUUAGUAAGAGUGGCUUCACAGAAAUUACAGGCCUUGAACUAGCAGUACUUGGAGCCUGUACUUGCAGUGAUCCAGGAGGAGACCCAUGCUCCUGUGCCAAAAUGUCAGCAGCAACUCGAAAACAACUUCUUCAGCUCAAACAAGAGUUUGAACUUCUGAAAAAAAGUAAAGAAGAAGCUUACAUAAUGGCAGAUGCCUUCAGAAUUGCAUUUGAGCAGCAGCUGAUGCGGAGGAAGGACCAGGCUCUGAGACUGACACAAGUGAAUAAUGUCUGCAAAAAAGAAACAAAAUUAUUAAACUGGAAAAGCAUGAAGGAGGAUGAUAUGUUCAUGUUUCGAAGGAGCAAGAAAAGCUUAGGACAAAAAUUAAGAAGCAUGAUUCCUUCUGCCACUGAUAGUAAGAAAAUGGAGGAUAAUCCUCAGGAAAUCAUCAGGCUGCUAAUAGAUUUGUUGAAUGAUACAGAAGAGGCUUUGGCUCAUCAAAGGAAAGUUAGUUAUAUGCUUGCUCGCGCUUUGGAAGAGAAAGAAGAUAGUUUACGGCAGAAUGAAGGAAAUAAACUUCCUGAAGCGCAGCUUGUUACUAAGAUCAAUGAAAGUAAAAAAGAUUCAGAUCCUCAAGCACCAGUUAUUGAUGUAUGUUCAUAUUGCCGAACUUGUACUGCUCAGGACUGCUCCUGUUCCAUUUCCAGCACCUGCACAGUUCAGCAUUCUGAUGGAAAAUCUGACAGAAAAUCUGGAAGCUCGUGUUACUCAGCAUCUGGGAAUAUGUACUGUGAAGAAACAGAUGUGAACAAAAUAGAAGAAACAACUGGUAUGAGCUGA